CAGAUCGGAGGUUAAACUCCGUUGAACUUGGGAGCUGGUCGCGCGAGGUUCUCGUGUUAGGUGGAGAAAGGUAUCACGAAUAUCGCGAGGAUCAGCUUCAGUCCAGCCAAAAAGAAAAAGUCUGCGAGUCGCGGGACAACCCUCUAAAAUUAACAUAUUUUCUGUGGUACCGGGUUCAAUCUUACUGGGUAUAUAGCGUUCCAGGCCGACUAUUUUCAACAGAAAGAAGAUCAACUGUCGCCAUUCUACUUGCUUGAACAAUCUUCCGCUUAGCUCGAGCGGGGGUUUUUAAAAGGGGGUUUAACACAAUACGUCUACGUAGAUCCGAGUUAAGCGAAAUUGACAAACGAUGUGUAAAGCAUAGAACGUUCACUAGACUGAAGGGGGAGCAGAUCAUGGCUGAGAAGUUGUUGAUUUUAGACACGGACUGUGGGAUCGAUGAUGCCCAGGCCAUAAUGAUGGCCCUAGCUGCUCCCGGAGUGAAGGUCUUAGGAAUCACCUGCUGCUUCGGGAACGCCUCCGUGGAAGACGUCUGCCAGAAUGUGCUUCGCGUACUGUCCGUGUGUGACAGGACCCAGAUCCCGGUGUUCCGGGGAGCAGCCUCCCCUCUAGUCGGGAACCCUGACAUGCCCAUCAACCACUUUGGGACGGACGGACUAGGGGACGUGUUUAAGGACAGGGACUCGGAGCAGUGGAAAAGUCGGGUCCAAACGGAAAACGCGGUCAACGCCAUGAUCAGACUGGUAUCCGAGAACGUCGGACAGGUCUCUCUGGUGGCACUUGGUCCGCUCACAAACCUGGCUCUUGCCGUAAAGCUGGAUCCUUCUUUCCCACAGAAGCUGCGAAAUCUCUACAUUAUGGGUGGCAAUAUGGAAGGCAAAGGGAACCGGACUGUGUGUGGCGAGUUCAACUUCGUAAUGGACCCAGAGUCGGCUUACAUCGUCCUGGAGGAGUUCCUCUGCCCCACGUACAUUGCAUCAUGGGAAUUCACCUGUAGACACAAGCUCUCGUGGGACUUCUUCGACGCGUGGGUCGGCCAGGACACGGCCUCGGCGGAGUUCAUGAGGAAGAUCACGUCGACGUGCUGGGCGUACUCCAGGGGCCCUUACGCGGUCCCCUCCACGACGGCCACGGUGUUCGGGCCGGGCUUCGUCUCGUACGACUCGUACGCCGUGGCGGCCGCCAUCGACGGCGGCGUGGUGACGGGCAGCCUGGAGUGCGCCGUGCGCGUGGAGCUGCAGGGGGCGCUGUGCCGGGGCAUGCUGGCGCUGGACCUGGGCCAGAAGCUCCACAAGGCGCACCGCGUGUCCGUGAUGACCGAGUGCGACCUCGACAAGUUCAGCCGGCUCCUCACCGCGGCGCUGACGCUGCCCAGGAAGACCUAGCGGCACCGCGCCGCACCGCCCAGGAACCUCACUAAACAAGCAUACCUCUCCCAGCCAACCGUGCGGCGAAAUGCGUGUUGUGUUGUGAAGUUCAUGGGCUUCAUUUGUGGGUAGUGCACACAUCAUGUCCAACACAUUGAUUUACUGACAGGAAUUGGCCUGACGUAUUAUACCAGGGAUCGUCAAAUCAGACCUGCUGGUUUUCCACCCUCCCUUUAAUGAAGCACACUACCGUGUUCACAUUGGGAAAUGAAGUUUUCAAUAAUGGUUUUACUUUUUAGUUCACAGUAUUUGUUUUGUGCAUAGUUAUCAAGAGUGCCAAUAAUUCUGGACCUGACUGCAUGCUGCCAUUUUGAUCGAUUAUUGUUCUCUUUCUGCGAGUGCUUUUAUGUUUCUCAAGUGUCGAGACACUUGUGUGAAAUGCACUUUAAAUAAAGAUUGAAUCAAUUUCA